GAUAGCAAAGCCACUCUGCUGAUUCAGGCUUGUUACCCAUUUAACAGUGAUUAGAAUGGAGUGUUGGUCAUGUCAACAAAAUAGUUUAAAAUAGAACAGCCACUUUUUUCCAGGUGUACACUUCAUACCUUUGUUUGUCAAGCUCAAGAUGGAAAUAAGGUCGUUUCCAAAGUCGUUUCUGCGUUUGUCUCUGGCUCUUCAUGUCCUCAGUGUUUACAUUAAUGCUUUUCUUCUGGAGUGGACUGAAGUGGGGUCUGGGCUUCCGGACACAGAGGACUUGGAACCACGCUUGUAUCUUUUCACCCAAAAGGUGGACUUACUGAAGGACUUGUCCAGCCUUGUGCCUUGGAGUAAGAAUGUGUCUCUCUAUAAAGAUAAUGAUGGAUGUGCAGUGCUGGACAUCGGACUGUACUCCACUUUGACCCUUCCCGCACAACAAGCUUUUGGGCCGAGCUUUUCAGAUGAGUUUAGUGUACUCCUUCAGCUGCGGAGCUCACAGGAGGAGGACCGCAGCGUCCUUACCAUUCUGGACUUCUACAAUCAGGUGACGCUCCAGAUCCGCCUGAGUCCUUCUAGGGUUACCUUCAUCACAGCCCAACAGCGAGAUUACGAGUUUUUAGUUCCUGGUCUGUCAGACUUGCAGUGGCACUGGCUCUCAGUAGGGGUCUCGUUUGAAUAUCUGGCUGUGUAUGUGGACUGUGUGCUAGUAGAGAAAGUGAGGUGGACUUACCCCUACAUGGGCAUCACCACCGACGGUCUACUGAUGGUUGGAGGCAUUCUGGAGGGGUUUGAGACACCUUUUGAGGGUGAGCUCAGGCAGAUGAUGGUGUUGAUGGGGGAUGGCAGGGCUGCCGGCCAUCACUGCAGCCUUCACCAGCUUGUAUGUGAAGCUUCUCUUGAAACACACCACAGCAUGCAGUCUCCACCUUUGCUGUCCUCAACCAGCUUGACAGAGGAACCAGAAUUUUCUCUAGAAUCCUCUGCUGACACACAAGAUUAUGCCACAACUACAUUUCGGCUAAGACCUGACAACCAGGAAGCAGACGUUCUGGACCCUUUGAAUUUUGAAGGGAACAUAUCCUCCCAUUCCCAGAGGGGCAAUUUUAAUAGCUUUCGGCUGGUGGAGGAACAUGACCGGCUCAAAUCCCCUCACAUUACUUCAUAUAACAGGAUUAAGGACAGCACUGACAAGAAAGCCCAGUCCACCACUGCAAAAUCCAAAGCGGAGAACUUGCCCUCUCCGAAAAGAAAAACAGACUGGGCAAGGGGUCUUUUGGAUGUAAGUCCUGUUAAACCCUCAGGGGACAUCAUUGACCUGGAUGCUAAGCCUGACACAAGGCAUGAAAUGGAGAAAGUCAUGCGUCCAGAGUUCCAUGACUUGAACUCGACGGAGGAGAACCUGUUACCUUCUGAAAGGGUAAGCAUCAUCCCUGGGUCCUCCAGCAACACUCAGACCCCAAUGGACGUCCUCACCCAGAAAGGCCGUGUGAGGCCUGUGGAGAAGAGACCAGCUGGCUCAGUGCACCCCAGGAGUUCAUACAAACAUGGUGAUGUGAUAUCAGGCUCUGAUGGGAGGAGGUACCAACUGAUGAAAGGACCUCAGGGGCUUGUGGGGCCUCCGGGAAAAAGAGGUUGUGCUGGAACCAGAGGAUAUAUGGGAUUUAAGGGGGAUAAGGGUUCUCAAGGUGAAAGAGGCCGAGACGGGCCCAGAGGUGUGCCAGGGCCUCCAGGCCCAGCAGGAUUACCUACAAUCUACCUGUGGAGAAACACGUUGGAGGACUGGGCUGCAUUCAGGAGAACAUCGUAUUACCACUUGCUGGCGGCAGGCUGGCCUAGAGAGAUUGGGCCUCCUGGAAUAAUGGGGGAGAUGGGAAGAUCCGGACCACCUGGGAUACCUGGAGACCCAGGAGACAGGGGACCUCCAGGGCGCCAAGGUGACAUGGGUGACCUGGGACCAAAGGGCAUCCGAGGCCGAGCAGGACGGUCAGGACGAGAUGGAGAGAACGGAUUGGAUGGCGAACCAGGACCUCCAGGAUUACCUGGUCUGCAGGGCCAUCGUGGGUUUAAAGGAGAGACAGCGCCUCCUGGAGACAAAGGAGAACAGGGUUUCCCCGGUCACUCAGGGCCCAGUGGGGAUAGAGGGGAGCCUGGAAAGAAGGGCUCAAAAGGAGAAAAGGGGUUCACUGGCCCUAUUGGUCCUCCAGGCCCUAUAGGUAUUAGAGGAGUUGAGGGGAUGCCUGGACCACCAGGGCCUAAGGGGGAUCCAGGGCAUGAUGGCAAAAAUGGUCCUCCAGGAGAAGUGGGAGCUCCAGGUGCAACAGGAAUGGUUGGGGCACAGGGGGUUAAUGGCUCAGAUGGUGAAGUCGGACCUGUUGGCCCAGCAGGACGAAAAGGCCCUCAGGGUCCUGCUGGGAUAUUAGGAAUCAGAGGUCAGCCUGGUGUGCCAGGUCCGCAGGGACUUCCAGGAAAGGAUGGUCCACAGGGUCUUAAAGGUGACACAGGAAAGGAAGGUCCCGUGGGUAAUAAGGGACUACAAGGCAUUGAAGGGCCAAUGGGCAUGACUGGAAAUCCAGGUCUGAAGGGAUUUCCAGGCUCCACAGGUAGUAGGGGUCUGGAUGGAGAGAGAGGAAAUCCUGGACCCAAAGGAGAAAAAGGCACACCUGGAACACCGGGGAUUGUGGGUUCUCAGGGUGAGAGAGGUCUGCCUGGCCUUGUUGGCUUACCUGGUGUCAGAGGUCAACCAGGACCUUCAGGUGUCCAGGGUGAAGACGGUGAAGUGGGUCUCCAGGGAAUGAUUGGAAAAGAGGGUCAAAAGGGAAGCACAGGCGACCCUGGACUCAACGGCAGGACAGGACCCAAAGGACAAAGAGGCCGACCUGGCCAGCACGGGCCACCUGGUAUUCAUGGACUGACGGGUUUGAGAGGCCCACCAGGGACAGAGGGAGCAGAAGGAAAGCCUGGUACACAGGGGGUUCCUGGCUCUGUGGGAAGCGCAGGAGAUAAAGGACCAAAUGGUUUCAGGGGGUUAACAGGAGAGCCAGGACGAAGAGGACCCCCUGGAUCGCUGGGCCUACCUGGGCGACCUGGUCAAGAUGGCAGCCCGGGUCCUCCAGGAGAGAGGGGUUUAACUGGAAAGCCAGGACUGGGGGGUCCGCAGGGGCCUGUAGGGAUGUAUGGUUAUGCAGGGUCCAGAGGCUUGCAAGGAAGGCCUGGUCAUAUAGGAGAGAAGGGUGAACCUGGUGUAAAAGGACCCACUGGCAAACGUGGAGAGAGGGGACCACCUGGCCUGCCUGGUCCACUUGGUGAGAGAGGCCUACCUGGACCUCAGGGUCGCCAAGGUGAAAUAGGCCAAGCUGGCAUGCAGGGACCACCUGGUUUACCAGGCUUGCCAGGCAUUGUAGGCAUGCCAGGGAAGCCAGGCCCUCCUGGCAGCCCGGGAUCUCAGGGGCCACGUGGUAAAGAUGGGCCCACUGGAUUGCCAGGCACACGAGGAACUGACGGAACGGCGGGCGUGCCUGGAGAAAAAGGAGAUCAGGGAGUUCUGGGACCUCCUGGUGAUCCUGGUUCUACUGGACUGGAUGGACCACAGGGCUAUCCUGGUCCACGUGGGUUAGAAGGACCACCAGGGAGAAAAGGGGAUCAUGGUUCAGCUGGACCAGUUGGACAACCUGGUUCAGUUGGGCCUCUCGGAGAACCAGGGCCACAAGGCUUUCCAGGGACGCAGGGGGAACCAGGACCAAGGGGCAAAGAGGGAGCUGUAGGUCUUGUAGGCAGCAUUGGAGAUCCAGGCCUGAAAGGACGGAAGGGUGACACUGGCCAGCAGGGUAUCUCUGGGCGUGUAGGGCCCCCAGGAGUCUUUGGGGCCCGAGGAGGGAAAGGGCCAAAAGGCGAUAAAGGCUACAUCGGACAUCUUGGUCAGAAUGGACUAAUGGGAAAGAUUGGCCCACCAGGCCUGAUGGGGCUAGAGGGUUUGAUAGGACCACGAGGAGGGUCUGGGGCAGAUGGGCCACCAGGGCCAAAGGGGGAUUCUGGCAUUAGAGGGCUGACAGGCUUCACUGGAGAACCAGGUGAACUGGGGGUAGCUGGACAAAGAGGAUCAAAGGGCGAAAUGGGCAAACCUGGACCCAAGGGAGCUGUGGGUCCUAGAGGCCCUGAAGGCUUGACAGGUCCUAAAGGCUCACCAGGAACAGAGGGACUGAAAGGUGUCCUUGGCAAGCCAGGACCUCCAGGAGAGAAUGGACCAGAGGGUUUACCAGGAAUCAGGGGUCCUCCAGGACUUCCAGGAUUAGAGGGGCCUGAAGGAGAAUUGGGACCUGAUGGACCAGUCGGCCCUCCUGGACCACAGGGUCCAAAGGGCAGAUCUGGUCCUGAGGCAAGAGAGGGCCAGAAAGGUCAGAAGGGAAAGGAUGGUCGAGAUGGACAGCCUGGAAUGACUGGGAAUGCUGGACGGAGGGGUAAAAGAGGAAAAGCUGGACAAAGAGGGCUGAGAGGGGUCAAAGGAGAGAAGGGUCAGCCGGGGCCUGUGGGGCAGACUGGACCACCAGGGAGAUCAGGCUCAUAUGGUUUACCUGGCAUAGUGGGACAGAAAGGAGAUAAAGGUGAAAAAGGACCACAGGGAGAGAAAGGGGACAUGGGCCCACCUGGUCUACUGGGGAGCGAUGGAGUGAAAGGGGAACAGGGCCUCGUUGGACAGACUGGUAAACAUGGCACAAAAGGAGAGCAGGGUGAUAUCGGACCUACAGGGCCAAGAGGGAGACCAGGCCUACCAGGCCUGCCUGGGUUAUUUGGAGAAAAGGGCUUAAAGGGAUAUCCAGGGCUGCUUGGAUCUGCAGGUCUAAGAGGUCCACCUGGGCCACCAGGUCCUCCAGGGCCUCCAGGGUUAUCUCUUAACCUCACAGUGACUCAGCUAAAGGACCUUAUGUAUCAGUCAGACAAGCCGAACUACCCCCUCAUCAGAACAUUACUGGACUCUCUUCAACAAGACCUGCGUCUCUUCAUAGAUCCACCAGACGGCACUAAAGAGCAUCCAGCGACGACCUGCUUGGAGCUGCUGAUAUGCCAUCCAAACUACACUGAUGGAAUGUACUACAUCGAUCCAAACCAAGGCAAUCCUACAGAUGCUCUUCUAGUUUACUGUCGCUUCAGUUCAGGUGGUCAGACGUGUCUUUUGCCUCUCCGACCACAGGUACCGAUGAAAGCAUGGCUGAAAGACUCAGAGGCAGACUCGUUCACCUGGCUGAGUACCAUGGACAGUGGCUUUCAGUUUAAUUAUACAGAAAUCAGCGUGGUCCAGAUGAGGUUUCUGCGGCUGAACAGCAGGCUAGUCACGCAGAACAUCACGCUCUCCUGUCAGCGCAUGAGCAGGCAGGGCUCGAGUGAGAGAGAAAUCAAAUUCCUCGCAGACUCUCGGAGACAGAGCUUCUUAGGGACGUUACGAGAUUGUAUGCCAAUGGAGGAGUUGGAUACAGGGCCUCAGGAGUCUGUGUUCCAGUUCGAAACUGAAGACCUGGACCUUUUGCCAGUCAGAGACUUGGCACUGUUUGGCCAUAGUGACCUCACCAAAGACUUUGGAUUUACUGUCGGACCCGUGUGUUUCAGCUAGAAGCCUGAAAAACAUCUCCUCUUCACACAUCCAUAUUCCCUAUAGACUGCUGACUGCAGAGAUGCUGUUAAUUGGUCCCUUGUUAAACACAGCAGGAUUUGCAGGCAGAAGGAGAGAAGCAAUUCUUCAAGAUCUACACAUAAUUGGCUUUGUUUUUUUUCUCAAGAAGGAAAAGAAGAAUGAACCCGCCGAAUAGUCUUUCCUAUUACUUUUAUAUGUAGUUUACCAAAGUCAAUCGACUUAUUGCCCAGUGGCAAUAAUACUUUGCUGCACACAUUCCUGAAAGGAACUGUAUUGUUUAUGUUGUAUUUUUUACAAUGCUUUUUUUUAUUUGAUGCUUUUUAUUUAUGUAUUGUUGUAUUGGUACAAUGCCAUCAUCCAGGUUUGUUGCAAAGCUGUUGGUACUGUACAAACACUUGGUUGCUCAAAGAUGCACUCUCAUUUCAGGUUGUUGCAACUUAUGACCAAACGCACUGUGAUCUCAAAGGCAUCCCCACCCUAGAUGGUUUUAAACCAGAAAGCCUCAAAUUGAGAACAAAACUAAAGGUUAUGAUAUACAACACUGUACAAAAGUCAGAGAUAACCCUUCAUUUAUAUAAUUUCCUAUCAAAAUAGCCUUUAAAUACAAAUUAUUCAUAAUUCAGUGUUCUGAAAAAAGCAGAAGAGAAUAUAUGUAACAGAACAUGAAACAGAAGCCACGACAAUUAAAUGUAAUAUCAAUUUCUUCAGUAUUUAUUGUUCACCUUUUGUCUUUAGAAAAGCUUCCAUUCUAUUAGGGAGACUUACUUUCAGCUUUUCAGAGAAAUCUCCAAAAUCCUGCCUUAGGUAUUGGUUACAUUUGCUGCUUCUCGUGAUCCAAGUAAUCCCAAACACAGUCAUAUUGAGGUCUGGACUCUGGGGUGGCCAGUCCCUUGU